AUGGAAGGUGAAAAUGCUCAGAAUUCUAUUAAACCAUUCCAAGCAAUAAAUAGUACUGAACAUUUUGAAGAACCACAAAAUUAUAAUCUUAUAAAAAAAGCUAAAAUAUUUACUUCUACUCAUUACUUUGAUGGAACUUCAUGGACAGCAUUAGAAAAACCCUUAAAUCUUAAAAAGACAAUAUUUGAUGAUGAAAGAAUUCUUACAUUAGAUCCAGUUGAAGAAAAUUCUAUACCAGUAGAAUUAGAAGCUUCAUUAGGUGGAAAGUAUGACAUCAAGGUGUAUAGAAAAAGCGACGUAAUAUUAUGUAUUGAAGGAGAAGAAAAAAUAUUAAUAAAAAUGCCUAUUACAAAAAACAUAAUUACAUGGAAUUCUUCUCAACGACUUCCAGUUUUACCAAAAAUUUGGAGGCCUACAGUUUUUAUUCUAAAUGAAGGUAAUAUAUUUGUUAGAAUGAUACCAGAUAAAUGCUUGGUUAUAAGUAAGGUGAACAAAUCAGAUUCUUUUAAAGUAGAGUGUAUAAACUUUUCCGAAGGAUUUUGCUGCUGCCACCCAAUUAAUAACUUAGCUUUGUUAUAUGGUGAUUAUGAGCAAAAUCAAGAAUUUAGUGUGAUGAAAUUACCAAAACUUCCAGUAAGUAACGGUAAAUAUAACUAUUUUAUACAUUUUUUUUCAUGGGGUACAAUGAUCGUACCAAAAUAUGCUGAAAUAUCUAAAGGACUUUUAUGCAAUUUAAAACCAAAUGUAAUUGCUCUUUUGAUUGUACCACCAAAGAUACAUAUUUCCAUAGAGUUGGAUAGCUACUCCCCAGUAGCAUGCUCAUUGGAUUAUAAAAAGGAUUUUCUUAUUACUGCAAGAAAGCCAAAUAUUACAGAUAUAGAAAUCUAUUUAAUAGCACAUGACCAAUUAAUUAAAUAUGAAUAUUCAUUUGACCUUCGUUUGAAUAAAGAUAAUGCACCCAUUUCAUACUUACAUGUUCCUAUUAAAUUCAAAAUAAGUAAGGAAGAGAAAGAAAAAAAAAAGAAAGAUCCGUCAUAUAAAUGCAAAUGGUCAUUUAUUGAUAUUAAAGAUCAAAAAGUUUUAAGUCCAUCUAGUAAUUCAUCAUCAUAUCAUAUUAUGUCAUCUGAUUUAGCCUGUAUAUUUGAUGCAGAAACAGGAACUUAUUAUUCUACAGAAUAUGGAAUACAUUAUUGUAAGGCUUUUAAAAAAUUACAAGUUUAA